UUCAGAAGACUUGUCUAAAAAAGAGCAAUAGUUACCACCAGGUCAGAACUGUUGAAAUCUUUGCUAAAAAGAGGAAUCUUUACCAACAAGACUUGGCUAAAAGAAGAAGAAUCAUCUAGAAGAUCCGAACAGUAUUUCUGCUGGCUACAACUCUGAUCCAUUGACUACCAGGCCCUGAAUGAAUGAGUAUCUUCAGACAUUCAGCACAACUUGCGAUGAACAUGAAUGGCAUUAAGGAAGAGGACAUUUAUGACUUUCUACCAGAACAUGUAUUGACAGACCCGAAAGAUGGUGUUGUUUUGAAAACAAUUUGCAAAGAAGAACCAUGUUUGUCACAUGAAAUUGAAGAGGGGGAGAUUUCCCAUGUCACACAAUGUAGUGGUGGUGAGAGCACUUCUACAGUUACGCCAUCACAACAGGCAAUAUCUCUGAAGAGGAUUAAAGAGGAAGACAUGUAUGAUUUCCUCCCAGAGUAUUUGUACAGUAGGAAGGAGGAAGAGAGUGAAACUGACACAUUGUGUGUGAAAGAUGAAGCCAUUGACAUGAAAAGGGAAAAUAAUACUUCUCUAAUGGAAUACAACGGAGACAUGGCUGCAAUAGAUGAACACCAGACCGCUCAUACUAGCACAGAGAGGACCCAUGUGCCAGAAGAUCCAUUCAAAUGUGCUACAUGUGGGAAAGGAUUUGCACAGAAGAAGGCUCUCAACAUGCAUCAGCGAACCCAUACUGGAGAAAUGGCAUAUCAGUGUGACACAUGUGGAGCAUCCUUUUCACAAUAUGCCACUUUAACUGAUCACCAGAGAAUCCACACAGGAGAAUGGCCUCAUCAGUGCAGUGCAUGUGGAAAAGGCUUUGCACAUAAAAGUGCCCUCAUCUCCCAUCAGAGAACUCAUAACCAGCAGAUAAUUAUGACUGGAGAAAGGACUUACCAGUGUGCCACAUGUGGGAAAGGCUUUGCACGGAAAAGUUACCUUAUCGUCCAUCAGACAAUCCAUAGUGGAGAAAAACCAUACCAAUGUUCAACAUGUGGCACGUCCUUUUCACGAAGCACCUAUUUAGCUACUCACCAGAGAAUCCACACUGGAAAAAGGCCUCAUCAGUGUGCUACAUGUGGAAAGGGCUUUGCAGAAAAAAAUCAUUUGAUUAACCAUCAGAGAACGCAUACUGGGGAAAGACCUUAUCAGUGUGCCUCAUGUGGAAAAGGCUUUAAAAUGAAAAGUACCCUCACCAGCCAUGAGCGAACCCAUACCGGAGAAAGGCCUUACUCGUGUGCUACGUGUGGAAAAGGCUUUGCAAUGAGAAGUACACUCGUCAGCCAUCAGAGAAUCCAUUCUGGAGAAAGGCCUUAUCAUUGUGCAACAUGUGGGAAAGACUUUGCACAGAACAGUGCCCUCAGGAAGCAUCAGAAAAUUCACAUUGACGACAACUAACACUGGUGGUGCACAAGACCUGUGCAAGACCUUUGAAGAAAAGUGACAGAACAUCUGCAUGUUUAGACUUGGAAAAGAGAACCGCAUUAAAGGUGCUCUACGUACCAUCUGCACGUUGAGACCUGAAUUAUAUGUGCACUAUGUAAUAUAUACAAUACUCAACUACCGUAAUAAGUUAAAUAACCAAGUAUCUCCACAAACAUACAAAAUACAAACUUUGUUCACAGUU